AUUAUGUAAGAAAUUUAAAUUCUUGACAAGGACCUCUAUUGUUCAAGAACACAUUCUUCUUCCAAAAGCUCCCAGAACGCUAAAAAUCCCUAAUCCCCAAUUGCUAUGUCAUACGCUUGAACCGCAGCCCCUUCUUUCUCCGAAAGCUCCCAUCUCUUCCCUUUUUCCCCCUUCUUCCCUUUGUACCUAUUUUUCCUCUUCAGCCAGCCAAUCUUACAAGUCACCACCACAAAUCGACGUCGAUCACCGCGUCUCUCACCGCGCCCUCACCACUCGCCCCACCGGAUCUCUCUGGUGCUCUCAUCUGUCAGAUUCUCGCUUUGCUCGCCUCCCUGCCAGUAGCUUGUUGCCGUCGUCGUUGACAGUUGCUGCCGCCGGCCACCAGCCCGUCGUCGUUCAUUUCCCGCAGCGAAGCAGCCUUUCAGCACUGGUUAGGGAUUGAAAUCUAGAUCUCAGGAUGCCAGCUACAGCAGGUAGGGUUCGCAUGCCUGCGAACAAUAGGGUGCACAGUAGUGCAGCCCUUCAGACCCAUGGCAUUUGGCAGAGUGCCAUUGGCUAUGAUCCUUAUGCACCAAACAAGGACGACAAAGAUUCUUCACAGAAUCUCCCGGAUGCCAAACCUGAUGCUGAGAAUGCAUAUGCUAGCUUCCAGGGGCUUCUUCAGCUUGCUAAGAUAACCAAUGCUGAUGUUGAUAUCUCCCGUGGGGCCUGCAAAAAGUGUGGCCGUGUUGGGCACCUCAAGUUUCAGUGCAAGAACUAUGUGAAGGUCAAGGAUGAUAAUGAGGAGAGAGAUGCUGAAGCUAUGCAGUCUCUAGGGUUGGUUGGAUUGGAUAAAAAGUUGAAGGGGAAGGCUGAUAAGCUCGAUAAGAGAAGCAAUGUUGAGAGCACAGAAGAGGAGGACGAGGAGGAAGAUAGUGAGAGUUCAGAUUCUGAGGUUGAUUUAGAGAUUGAGAGAAUUAUUGCUGAAAGGUCUGGGAAGAAAAUUUGUGGGAAGCAUGGUUCUUCUAGGAAGAAGGGGAGUUCCGAUGAUGAUGGGUCAGAUCGGGAUUCUGCGAAGAAGAGGAAAAAGAGAGGCAGGUCGAAGAAGAGAACUGGGAAGAGGGAAGUUAGUGAUUCGGAUGAUUCAGGUGAGAGGAGGAGACGGAAGAGGAGGAGAGCGCACAGGAGAAAGAGGGACAUGUCUUCAGAUGAGGAUGAUGAAUAUAGGCACAGUCGAAGAAAGAGUAGGAAGGAGAAGAGGAGAAGGAGAAGCCGUCGAUCAGAUUCUGAUUCUGAAUCAUCAGAGGAUUCUGAUGUACUGCACAAGCGGAAGAGCAAAAGGCCUCCAUCAUCUGACAGUGAUUCAUACUAUGAUUCAAGGAAGGGUAGGGAUGCCAAGAGAUCGGAAAAGAGGAGACGGCACCACCAUGGGGAUGAUGAAUAGAGUGGCAUCAAUUAGUGUAAUACUAAAAGCCAACUUUAUGUGAUUUGAUAUGCCGUAAUUUGUAGCACCUAUAUGCUUGUUUAAAAUUUAUACCUUUAAAGUUUAUACAUUGACAUAUCUAUACUGUUAAGAUGAAAUAUGCAGAGUUUA